AUGUCUCUCCAGCGAUGGGAGCGUAAAGCCCAACGAGGCAGAGAUAUUCUGAACAACUCCAUUCCGAAGCAAUGGCUUGCACCAGCUGACAGUCUCCCUCCUGCUACGCAAAAAAAUGUGAUUGAUUUCCCAAGGAAAAGUGGGCUCUUGAGCGAGCGUGAGCUCUCGAUCACGGCCCUCUCCGCUACGCAACUGGUCGCGAAAAUGGGAGCAGCGAAACUCAAGGCUGAGGAGGUAGUGGUGGCAUUUCUGAAAAGGGCGGUUUUGGGUCACCAAUUGCUGAAUUUCGCAACGGAAUUUUUGGCCGAUGAGGCAAUUUCUCGAGCAAAAGAGCUGGAUGCACAUUUUCAACGCACUGGAAAGCUGGUCGGACCUCUGCAUGGUGUUCCCAUUAGCGUUAAGGAGCACGUCGCGAUGAAGAAUAAGACUUGCAACACGGGUUAUGUGGCCUGGGUUGAUGAAGUCGCCACCGAGGAUGCUCAUUUACUUCAAUUGCUAGCCAAAGCUGGUGCAGUAUUCCAUGUCCGAACAAACCAGCCUCAAGCCCUCAUGCACCUUUGCUGCGAGAACAAUAUUACAGGGGCCACACUGAACCCAUACAAUCGCACCUUAACUCCAGGAGGAUCGUCAGGGGGUGAAGGAGCUUCAACUGGGUUCAAGUGCGCACCACUUGGUAUUGGUACCGAUAUCGGUGGAUCUAUUCGUUGCCCAGCUGCCUUUUGUGGCUCAUACGGAUUCAGGCCUACAGCGAUGCGCAACCCACUGGCUGGAGCCAAAGUCGCAGCUAUUGGACAAGAGACGAUUCACGGGGUCAUUGGGCCUUUGUCGAGCAGUUCUUUAGAGGAUAUUGAACUUUUCCAGAAGACGGUUUUGGAUCAAGAGCCAUGGGAUGUUGAAACAUCUCUAGUGCCGGUCCCGUGGAAAACAGUAGCUCCAACCCGGAACAUGGCGGUGGCUAUCAUGUGGGAUGAUGGCUGUGUUCGCCCCCAUCCCCCGAUUAUCAGGGCUCUCAAACUCGCUAAAGAAAAGUUACUCGCGGCUGGAAUCAAGGUUGUCGAUUGGGAGCCAUACAAGCAUGAUCACGGAUGGAAAAUUAUCUCUAGCCUCUACUACCCAGACGCUGCCGCCUUACAACGCAAGAUGAUCCGUGAAUCAGGCGAGCCAGUCCUCCCUCUGAGUGAAUGGGUGUUCAAUUACUCCCGAGCUAAUCCACUCACUCACCCCGAAGCAUGGGAGCUACAAUACGCGCGCGAUGUUUACCGCGACGAGUAUAACGCUGUGAUGAAGACCCGUGGCGUCGACUUUAUCAUUUCCCCUACUUAUCCCGGCGUCGCAGCCGUAUAUGGCGAGUCACAUUACUGGAACUACACUGCGAUUUGGAAUGUGCUUGAUCUUCCGUCCGUUGUGUUCCCAUCGGGUCUUACGGUAGACCCGAAGCUGGACGCGUUGACUGAUCAAGAUAAGAAAUAUAAACCGCGCAAUGAGGUUGACGAAAGAGAGUGGGAGAAAUAUCAGAGCCCGGCAAGGUAUGAAGGUGCACCUGUGGCGUUACAGGUUGCUGGUAGGCACUUUCAGGAUGAGGAAACUCUGGCUGCUGCCAAGUUGAUUGAAGAAAUUAUCAAGGAUGGAGAGAAGACAUCUAAGCUUUGA